CGCCCCGCCCCGCCCCGCCCCGCCCUCCUCGAAGCUGGAGGGCGCUGCGCGAGCGGUUCGUGCUGCGGUCGCCUGCCUCGGUUCUCGGCGCAGCCUUUUGUCCGCCGCUUUGUUCUCGCCGCGCUGGCGUCCUCCUCGCCCCCGUCGCCGCCCGCCCCGCGCGCCCGGGCCUUGCCAGCCAUGGUUGCUCGGCCCGAGCCUGAGGUCGAGGCCAUGGAUGCUGAGCUGGCUGUGGCGCCGCCGGGCUGCUCGCACCUGGGCAGCUUCAAGGUGGACAACUGGAAGCAAAACCUGCGGGCCAUCUACCAGUGCUUCGUGUGGAGCGGAACGGCCGAGGCCCGCAAGCGCAAGGCAAAGUCCUGUGUCUGCCAUGUCUGCGGCAUCCACCUGAACCGGCUGCACUCUUGCCUCUACUGUGUCUUCUUCGGCUGUUUCACAAAGAAACACAUCCAUGAGCAUGCAAAGUCAAAGCGGCACAACCUGGCUAUUGACCUGAUGUAUGGCGGUAUAUACUGCUUCUUGUGUCAGGACUACAUCUAUGACAAGGACAUAGAAAUCAUUGCCAAAGAGGAGCAGCGCAAGGCUUGGAAGUUGCAAGGUGUUGGAGAGAAGUUUUCAACUUGGGAACCAACAAAGCGGGAGCUGGAACUGCUGAAGCACAACCCGAAGAGGCGGAAGAUUACCUCCAACUGUACCAUAGGUCUGCGUGGACUGAUCAACCUGGGAAACACGUGCUUCAUGAAUUGCAUCGUGCAGGCGCUGACCCACACACCGCUUCUGAGAGAUUUCUUCCUGUCAGACAGGCACCGCUGUGAGAUGCAGAGCCCCAGCUCCUGCCUGGUCUGUGAGAUGUCCUCUCUCUUCCAGGAGUUUUACUCGGGGCACCGCUCCCCACACAUUCCCUACAAGCUGCUGCACCUGGUGUGGACGCACGCCCGGCACCUGGCGGGUUAUGAGCAGCAGGACGCACAUGAAUUCCUCAUUGCAGCCCUGGACGUCCUCCACCGGCACUGCAAAGGUGAUGACAAUGGGAAGAAAGCCAACAACCCCAACCACUGCAAUUGCAUCAUCGACCAGAUCUUCACGGGUGGGCUCCAGUCUGAUGUCACAUGCCAAGUCUGCCACGGGGUCUCCACCACCAUAGAUCCUUUCUGGGACAUCAGUUUAGACCUACCUGGUUCUUCCACCCCUUUCUGGCCCUUGAGCCCAGGAAGUGAGGGCAGUGUGGUUAACGGGGAGAGCCAUGCAUCAGGCACCACCACUCUCACAGACUGCCUGCGAAGAUUUACCAGACCAGAGCACUUAGGAAGCAGUGCCAAGAUCAAGUGUAGCGGUUGCCAUAGCUACCAAGAGUCUACAAAGCAGCUCACCAUGAAGAAGCUGCCCAUUGUGGCCUGCUUCCAUCUCAAACGAUUUGAACACUCAGCCAAACUUCGGCGGAAGAUCACCACAUAUGUGUCGUUCCCCCUGGAGCUGGACAUGACGCCCUUCAUGGCUUCCAGCAAAGAGAGCAGGAUGAAUGGGCAGUACCAGCAGCCCCUGGACAGUCUCAACAAUGACAACAAGUACUCCCUGUUUGCUGUUGUUAACCAUCAAGGGACCUUGGAAAGUGGCCACUACACCAGCUUCAUACGGCAGCACAAAGACCAGUGGUUCAAGUGUGAUGAUGCCAUCAUCACCAAGGCCAGCAUCAAGGAUGUGUUGGACAGCGAAGGGUACCUACUCUUCUACCACAAACAGUUCCUGGAAUAUGAGUAGCCUCCUGCCCUGCUGGACAGGAAAAACAAAAAGAACAAGUUGGCAAGCUCUCCGACAUGACCCCUGGUCUCCCCACAUCAGAACACCAUGGUAACCCUCCUGUGCAGACGUGCCUCACACGUGGCCCCUCUGCACUAGGAGAUGUCAGGGUGGCCAUGAGCUAUAAGAUUGAGUGGAGCAUGCCCUUGGUGGACAGGAGCUGAAGGGCCGCCUCUUCUCAACCUUGUGGUAUGCUGAGGGUGGAUGUCCUCAGAGCAGACCAGCCUCUGCCUAGUGCUUCACCCUGUCAUCCCACACGGUUUAAAAAGCACCUACAUCGUUGAAAAUGAGCCCAUUAAGGCUGUAGAGUGGGCAAAGUUGAUGCCAGAGGGCAGACUGUUUGCAGCAGCCUUCUGUGUUUUGUGGCAUUAAGGGCAGGGAGUGUGCCUGUUCUUUCUAAGGUUGUAAAAUAGCCCUGGGCCCAGGUUGAGGCCACCCACAGGCUAGAAACAUCUGUCCUACAGAUAACUUAGCAUCAACUGCAUGUGGAAACAUCAGCCCAGAGAUUCUAGAAAUAGGCAUCUUAUCUCUACCCCUUGCUCUUUUCCCACAAUAGUGAAUUUCAUAAAUGUGAUAGUAGUAAAGUGAAUGAUUACCGAGUUUAUAUGGAAGUCUAGGUGAUCCUCUUUCCUCUGAAAGCAGAUUGUCUUGCUUUUUGAUCCGUGCCAUUUGCUUGCCCUGUGCUCUGCCUUCUACAUGGCUGGUGGCCAGGCAGUGGAUCUUUGCAGUAGAUGGAAUAUGCCUUGGUGGCUCCAUUGAUCCAAUCUUCCCACAUCCCUUCUUUGGUCUUUGGUCCUUUUGCCUGCGCAGGUGGUUUAGUGGCCCUGUGAGAUUUGUGGCUGAGUGGUCCAGGUUGGAGGCUGCAUUGCACUAUGUCCUCCACUGUUCCACGUUUGCUAUAGUUUCAGUUACAGCCAGAAUAAAAAGGCUUGGUGACCAGUUCUGCUCACAGGGUCAGUCAUGAAGUUUCUUGUAAGAUAUUUUGCAUGUGUCUUUGGACAAGGCUUAGGUUGUCUAUUUCUAAGAAAUUAAAGUCUAGGGUCUCAAUGCUUUCUCUUUACACCACUGCCUUUUCAGUGGUGCUUGCCCAGGAACCUAUGGGCACAUUACCCCAGGAGUUUCAGGACCAGCAAGUAUUUCCUAAGCCAGGCUCUGAGCUGUAGCUCUACAGCAGGUAUCAUGUGCAUCAUUCACGCAUAGCGUGUACAGCUGUGUUCUGAUUGUCCUUUAUUUACACACCCAAAAUUUGAAUUACAUAGUUAUCAUGUAGGCAGAAUUUUUUUGAACUAUUUGAAGAUAAGAGGACUUUUCUUCACUGAUAGGCUGCAAAAAUGCAGGGCAGGUUCUAGCCCAGCUCCCUAGUCCGUUGUGAUGGGAUAGGGUAGCUAUGGCAGAGUUAAGUGGUGCUGUUCAGUCAGUGUGAAAUCCCCUUCAGGAGCCAAGGACAACUAACCCUCCUGUACAGUGUGCUCACUCGCCAUGUUCUCUGCUGUUGUGUUCUUGUUUCUGCAUUUAGAGUAGAGGACAACUUGAAGCAUGUUUUAGAAGAAGCCCAUUUUAAGAAAUGUGGGUGGGCUCAGGUUCUCAGGCAUGGACCCAUGUUUGUGGACUCAGCUGUGGAGAUGCCCUUGGGGAGUCAUAUUCUUGUGUUUGUGAAUACCCAGAGGAAAGAGUUCUCUGCAGUUGGCCUAGAGGAACCAGAGCCCAACUCCUCCUGAAGGUCUGUCUCCUUGACACUCUGGUGGAUGGGGCAUCCAGAAGCAGGGGAAAUGAGCAGGUGUGCUGGCCAGGCCUGCUUCCUCUGUCCCCAGAGCACACAGCCCAUCUCUCCCUGAAUUCGGGGCACUGAGGAGGACAGCACCUGUUUUCUGUCAGCCUGACUUUAACCUUUUCUAUCCAAAUGUAUUUCCCCUUCUUUACCAUGGACAACAUUCUAAGCACCGCACUCUGUGCCCGUGGCAAGGAGGCCAACCAACUCUGACUGCCACACAUCUAUCUGGCCCUCCCUCUGUGUCCUGUGACCUUCAGCAUGAUGUCUCAGAUAGACAGGCAUGUGUGGAUGACUGAGGAGCGGCAGAUUAGAGCAGUGGGCUUGGGAAGGUCUUCCAGUUCUGCCUUUAGAUAACAAGGCAGGAAAAGGAUUUCCCACCCAAGGACCAUCCAGUGUAGGUGCUCAGAUGGGCAUGAAGUGUGUCUCAUCACAGGGCUGUAUUGCCCAGCCCCAGUCUCUUCCCAUAUACCACUGGUCCCAGCCUCACAGGAGGCCAGACCAGCCCUCUUCAGAUGUCUUCAGUGCAGGAGGUAGAAUGGGGUCUGCAGUUCCUCUCUUCAUCCCAGGAGCCCCCUCAAGCUGGGCACAGGCCUGAGCGCCCUACACCAUGGGAACCUGAGUGCUGUUGUGUUUGGCUUGGUAUGUAUGCUUUUCCUUGUGUAAAAUUAUUGUUCUUUUUGACAAGUGGCUUGUUUCAUUUAUUAUAGCUUUGAAAUCCUUUUGUGAGGGGAAAAAUAUUCAAUGAUUGUACUGUAGUUAGAAGUUUUAUUACCAAGACAUUUAUGUCACUUUCUCCCCUGUCAUUUUGAGGGGCUUGACUGUCUCCCUGGUGGCUUUUAGUCUUUACUAUAUCCUAAUAAAGCUGCAUUUUAUUCUGAAACUGA